AGCUUAAGAAAAUAAAGCGCUUCGUGGACUUUCAGUUUCGAUUCCGAAAAAACAAAUUCACAUGAUGUCGCUAUCAUACGACGAUAUUGUUAAGUUCGUCGCGAAUAACCUUAAAUGCUCGAUAUGUAUGGAGAUUUUCACAAAGCCGGUUACACUAGUUUGUGGUCAUAAUUAUUGUCAGAAGUGCAUUAAUGCAUGCUGGGUAAAGAGCGCCCCAAAGAGAGAGUGUCCACAUUGCCGGGCAGAUGUAAGCAGUAGUAAACUGGAAAUGAAUUUCACUCUUUGUGAUAUUCUGGAAUUACCGGACCUUGGUGGUCGGGAGAAAUGGGAGCAAAUUCUGGCAGAAACAGAUCAAGAUCUGGCAGAAACACAACACGCUGGAAGAACUAGCAAUAAAGUGGAUAAUUUAAUGAAACGUCUGGAUUGGUUAAAAGCUGAGAUCAAAAAGACGGAAGAAACACUUUCAGCUGAGCUAAAUUCAAAUCAGGCCUCUGAGGAUGGGUCAGAAGUUUACAGUUCCUGCAUUGUUUCGAUGGAUGUUUCCGGUUCAUCCUUAGACAGCGAUUCUUCAAGUUAUUAUGCUAGCAGAAGUUUUAGUCUCACAUCAGCGGAUCACCAGGAACUAACUUCUCAGUCUGAAGAGGAGAGUUCACAGGAGUUUGCUCCAGAGAAUUCAGAAUCUCUUUCCGAGGAUGCUCAUCUCAGUCCUAGCGCAGGCGCACAGCAGCAAAACCGUGCUGCUCUUCAUGCAGAGUUUGUUGAGCUUUCCUUUUCUCCUCAGCUGGGAAACAGACGACUGUUUUUUCACACAGAGAUCCAAACAGUGGAAACACAACCUGGGCGCCAUGCAAGAACACCACACGGGCGUUUUGAUGCCUGUCAGUGGAUGGCAGAGCAGGAAUUUAAAGAAGGGUGGGUUUACUGGGAUGUGGACGCCACGUUCAGCACUGCAUGGGCGGUUGGUGUGGCGUAUCCCAGCAUGGGGCGUAAUGAGCGGUUGGGAAAAACGUCUUCAUCUUGGUGUUUGGAGUGGAGCAGUGGGCAGCUCAAUGCUUGGCACAAUAACAAAAGGACCUCUGUUAAACAUAGCAUCUUUAACAGGAUCAGAGUCAUUUUGGACAUGGCAAAUGGACAGCUGUCCUUUCAGAGUCUGUGUGAUAGCCUGCUUGACUUACACAGCUACCAGGUGGAUUCCUCCGGCCCUCUCACACCUAUCUUCUGGAUUUGUGGACUGUCACAUAAUGCCUUAAACUUUCCUAAGGAUAGCAUAGACCUGUAGCAUAUUCAGUAGGGUACUGUAUACACUUUUUUUUACAUAUCUGUUAAAUCUCAUUUGGCUUUCUGGCUUUCUUUUAAACAACCAUAAUUCUUCUAUGAGACUAAAUGUCCCUUUUUGAUGUAAGUAUCUGUACAAUUAUGGAUUGUGUAACUGCUAAUUGUCGGUUCCUUUAUGAUGUUUUCUUAAUCGUAUUUUGGCCGCUUUAAGUAAAAGUAAAAAAAAAUAGCCUGCACGUAAAUGUAUGUAAAUGUACUGAUUGCUGUAAUAUGAUGUAUUCUUAAUGGUUAAUAAAAUAGAUGUAACGUUA